GCUGAAAUGCGCUUCCCGAUGUACACCGUCCCUUCAGAGGUGUUGUUGAACAUGGAAGAGAUCAGACCACAUGAAGACCUCAAGGAUGCCGGAGCAAUCGCGGUCUUCGAGACGAGCAUGGGCAAAGCUGCCUUCGUCUCGCACCAAUGGGUCACGAAAGCGCAUCCUGAUCCCGGGUUGAAGCAACUGCAGGUGCUCCAGGGUGCCCUGAGACAUCUCCUUCACGGAACGGGGUUCGUCCCUUUGGACCCUAUCACUGAAGCGAUUGUGCCGACAGCCAAGAGUUUAUCAUUACAAGAGUUCCAGUCCUCUCCACUUUUUCUCUGGUACGAUUAUUUUUCUUGCCCUCAACGCCGAGAGGGGUCUUCUUUUGUUGACCUUGAGAAGGCCAUCGACAGCAUUCCAGCUUACGUCGCUCAGUGCGACUUCUUUUUCGGGCUGUGCCCUGUCAUCGAUUGCCCUAGUGAGGAGAGGGUGUUGACAACGAAAAGCUGGAGUGAAAGAGGUUGGUGCAGGGUUGAAAGACUGUUGCGUGAGUUGUCUAACAACGACAAAUGGGUUCUGAUCAAGAGCAGUGCAUCGCUCGAACUGGUGGGCUCGGCUUUGGGAUUCCUCGGCGGAUCAGCCGGUGAGGGUCAGUUCAGCCGGGCGGACGACCGAGCCAAGCUAGCCCCAGUUCUGAAGCGAGCUGUGCUACGAAAGCUGAGUCUGUGCCUCAACGCCAAAGACUUUGCAGGCUACCGCCGGCACUUGAACAUGCAGGCCGUUCACUUGAGAGGCCUUGACAUUGAAAUCGUACACGACCUCAUCCCAGGAUUUGAGGGCGAGCUUGGAAGUCCGGAUGUCGUGUCGAAGUUCCUUUACCAGAAUGGCUUCUCCACAGUCCGUGAUGUCGACGGUGCAGGGUGGUCGCCACUGCACUACGCCGCUUUGAGCGGCAGCUCAGAGUUAAUCGAGGGACUCUUGCAGCAGCGUGCCGAUCCCAACCGUCGAACGAGCAAAGACCAGCCGCAGCUCGGAUGCCCUCCUUGGACCUCAGCCCUUGACCUUGCCGUCUUCUUCAAGAACGAUUCAGCCCGGCUGCUCGUUGCUGCCAGGGCCCGGCUCGAGGGUGGAGUGCAGCCCGCUAUGUCCUAUGCUGCCAUGGCUGACAAUGCAUCUGGUGUUCAUCUUCUUUGCGAUGCGAAAGGUAGCCCACUUGCAGAGGGCAUUCUAGGCGUCUCUGUCUUGGAAACAGCAGCAGCCUACGGAGCCGCAUCAGUUCUCGAAGCCCUUGUCCUGCGGGCCCCGGAAAAUGCUUUGGACUUCUCCAGCGCCCUCUUCAGCACCAUGUUCACUCGAGGAGGUACGGCGGAGAUGGUCGACAGGCUCCUGGAGCUACGCGCCGAUGUCAAUUGGCA